UUGACACAAGCCAAUUAGUGUGUGGACGACUAGCGUUGUAAGCAGUCGUUGAUAUUUAAGUUCUUAACCGUGAUAUCCACAAAGUGUUAAUCACGCACUUCCACUCAGCUAAGCACCACCAGUGAUUGAUAAAAAAAAAAAAAAACAAUUCAAAUAAUUUCGGCAAGCAGAAGUCAACCGAUUACAACUGCUGAAGAUGAAGGCCAUUUUAAUUAGUAUUACCGUAUUGGCUUGCAUAACCGCAUGGCUUUACCACGGUAUCAACAAUUUAGUGAAACCACUACCUAAACCGGAAUUCGAUACAAAUGUUUACUGGGGACCUGGCUCGGGGCUAGACUACAAGGCGCCGGAAGAUAUUGUGCCUUUUAAAAUCAAAUACGAUCAAACGAUCAUUGACGAUUUACGCGCACAACUCAACCGCACCUGGAAGUAUGCAGCACCAUUGGAUGGCAUUAAAUUCCAAUAUGGUUUCAAUACGGAAGCGCUCAAACAUAUUGUCAUCUACUGGCGUGAAUUCUAUUUGCCCAAGUGGAGUCAACGCCAGGCCUAUUUGAACUCGCUGCCACACUUCAAAACCGAGAUUCAGGGGCUCAAAAUACACUACAUACACGCCAAACCUUCAGAGGCAGCGCGCAAGCAGAAGAAGGUAGUGCCAUUGUUAUUGCUGCAUGGCUGGCCCGCCUCGGUGCGCGAAUUAUACGACUUUAUAAAUCUUUUGGUUGAAGUUUCCGACAUACACGACCAUGUUUAUGAAGUGAUAGCGCCUUCUCUGGUUGGCUAUGGUUGGUCAGAU